AGCUCGGCUGCUGGUCCGUCCUCGCCGCGGUGGCGGCCACCCUGUGACAGCAGCGGCGGCGCCGGGCUGGCGCGGUAGCGGAAGGGUUGCGCGGCCGGGAACACGCAGACCCGGCUGAAGCAAGGUGCGACGUGAGGAAAGUCGAGCCGGGCUGCGCGUGAGACCUCGCGGGCGCCGAGCGGGAGGCCGGCGGGAGACAGUGGCCGCCGGCGGCCCGGAGCCAUUGGUCGUCGCGGUCGCCGCCGGCAUGAGCCACAUCCAGAUCCCGCCGGGGCUCACGGAGCUGCUGCAGGGUUACACGGUGGAGGUGCUGCGGCAGCAGCCGCCCGACCUCGUCGAGUUCGCGGUGGAUUACUUCACACGCCUGCGCGAGGCCCGCGUCCAGGACUCGGCCACGCUAAUCGCCACUCCUACGAGUUUUCACGUGCCGGAGUCCACCUCAUCCGCCGUCCUCGAGGACGGGGACAGCGAGUCCGACUCGGACGAUGGGGAUUUGGAAGUUCCAGCUCCUGGCAGAUUUACUAGACGAGUAUCAGUCUGUGCAGAGGCCUAUAACCCUGAUGAGGAAGAAGAAGAUAAUGAUCCAAAGGUGAUUCAUCCUAAAACUGAUGAACAGAGAUGCAGACUUCAGGAAGCUUGCAAAGAUAUUCUCCUUUUCAAAAACCUUGAUCAGGAGCAGCUAUCUCAAGUUCUCGAUGCCAUGUUUGAAAAGAUAGUCAAAGCUGAUGAGCAUGUCAUUGACCAAGGAGAUGAUGGAGACAACUUUUAUGUCAUAGAACGGGGAACCUAUGAUAUUUUAGUAACAAAAGAUAACCAAACGCGUUCUGUUGGUCAGUAUGACAACCGUGGCAGUUUUGGAGAACUAGCUCUGAUGUACAAUACUCCGAGAGCUGCUACCAUUGUCGCCACUUCGGAAGGCUCUCUUUGGGGAUUGGAUCGGGUGACUUUUAGAAGAAUCAUAGUGAAAAACAAUGCAAAAAAGAGGAAGAUGUUUGAAUCAUUUAUUGAGUCUGUGCCACUCCUUAAAUCACUAGAGGUGUCAGAACGAAUGAAGAUUGUGGAUGUGAUCGGAGAAAAGAUCUAUAAAGAUGGAGAGCGAAUAAUCACCCAGGGUGAAAAGGCUGAUAGCUUUUAUAUUAUAGAAUCUGGUGAAGUAAGCAUCUUGAUUAGAAGCAAGACUAAAGCAAACAAGAACGGUGGGAACCAGGAGGUUGAGAUUGCCCGCUGCCAUAAGGGGCAAUACUUUGGAGAGCUUGCACUGGUCACCAACAAACCCAGAGCUGCUUCGGCUUAUGCAGUUGGAGAUGUUAAAUGUUUAGUUAUGGAUGUUCAAGCAUUUGAGAGGCUCCUGGGACCCUGCAUGGACAUCAUGAAGAGGAACAUCUCACACUAUGAAGAACAACUGGUCAAGAUGUUUGGCUCCAGCAUGGAUCUGAUCGACCCUGGGCAGUAGAUGUGAUGUAUCUCAGCGCUUUCUCAGUGUGACACCAAAACCUUCCAGUCAGCCACAGAACACAGACACGACAGAACUGUUCCUGCUGUUGCUACCGCCGCUGCCAUUGCUGUGGUUAUGGGCAUUUAGAAAACUUGAAAGUCAGCACUAGAGGAUGGACAGAGGCUCUACCUACACCUCCAUUUUGCUUCUGAACGCCCAUCAUUAGACCACUUGUAAUGAUUACUCCAACCCAGUUUUCACAUCUUUGGUUCAGAAUGGCAUGUCUCUCCAGCAAUUUAAGUGCCUGAUACAAAUUCCAAAGUGUAAACAUCCUCCUUUCCUCUCUUGCUGCUACUAUUGCUUUUGGAAGUUACCAUAAGGUCCGCAGAAACUUGUUGAAUAAUUGUAGACACCCUUCCCAAGUCUUUCUCAAGGAGGAAAUAUUAUCUUUUAGUCUCCUCAUUUGUCUUUUGAGAAUGUCCACAGUAUGUUCACAAUUGCUGCCUUUGAUUUCAUAGUGGAAAAUGGUAGCAGUUGUAAUGGAGAUCUGUGAUCCAGUGAUACUGUUCUGUCUGCUGACAGCUACCCACAUUAUAUAGCUGUCUCCAAGCCCAUAGUGAUGCUUAGGGAAAAGUCCUACCAAAGGCCCAGCAGACUAAUAAAUUACACAGACUCACAUUAGAGCAGAAAACUUGGAUUCAGCACUUUUUGCCAGUAGUAGAGAACCAGGAAAGGUUUUCUGGCUUAGGGUUUUUUUAGUAUGUUUUGUUUAACCUCUUUGCAGUUUGCAUGAAUAAAUUGCUAUCCAUUUAUAAGGAGCAAGGGGUGACCAGUUAGCUCAGCUGGGUAGAGCAUGGUGCUGAGAGAAGGAGCCAGGUUCUGGAGGUGCCAUUGUUUUAUCUGACCUAAAUACUUCCCUGAGCAGCUUGCCAUGUCAUGUUUCCAGUUGCUGCCACUGUCUCCAUAGCAAUAGGCUGACAAGCGGUUGUGCUGCACAGAGAACCCUUUCCUUCCAUGUCCAGAGUUGUUGCAUAGCUUAACUAUUUUCAUCAAUUUUUUUUAACUUUUAGAAGCUAUUUUUUUUAAGGAAAUUAUUUCUCUAUUUAGGGAAUUCACCUUGAAUAUAUUCAUUCAUGUACAUGGAGUUUGUCAGCUGACUCAGGCAUUUGUCCUAAACAUCUGUUAGUUUCCAGAAAUUGGUAUCAUUGGAUUGGGGGUAUGUGGCUUGAUGGUAAAUGCUUAUCAUGUAGCAUGUGCAAGACCCUGGGGUUGAUCUCCAGCACUGCAACAACAGAAAUGAGGGGAGGUUAUUAUUUAUAAUCAUAGAAGAACUAUGAAGGCCUUUAUAACACAGCCUCUAGUUUUGCCAUGGACACCAUAGCCAAGAGAUUUCCAGAGUAGAUAAGCCACUACAACUUUGAUGAUUGCUCAUUUUUCUUGUGUUCCAUGAAGUAAAAGCAGGACUCUUCUGACUGCCCUAGGUAGCUUUCAUUACAGUUCUCAGAAUUUUAAGAUUGUAGCUGAUACUUCAAAGCAGGCAGCUAGCACUGGGAAAGCCCAUGUGGGGAGCUUGUGUUUUCCCAAGGCUCUUUUCUAUAGUAUUGCUUUAUUAUCAAAUAAAUCAUCUUGCACUUUGAAAGAACCAUACCUAUUUCUUGCAAAGAUAAGAGGUACAUUAGGCUCCAGGAGUAACCAAAAAAUCCAGCCCCAGACCUUGUAAGGAUUCUAAACACUGAGUAGAUAGAUGGCCUCACCCUGACCUCCAUGCCAGCAUUGGUUAAGGCUGGCUGUGAGUCUUACACCAGAGUUAAACAGGCUGCUAGGGAUGGGCCUUCUCAUCCUGCUUUCUUACACCUCCCAGUCUCGUUGUCUUCACAGAGUCCUCCUUGGCAUCCCUGCCUCACUGAUGAUGUUGCUGUUAUACAGAGUAGAAUUCAUCAGGUUCAACUUCUGCUCUAACAACUGAUUGACAUGUAUCAUCAGUUCAGACCUUCAUAGCAUAUAGGACCCCUGUAGUGAGGGGCACCAGUGGGAAACAUCUAGUUUAAAGAAGGGAGACAUUAAAGGGACCAGUGUGAGUGACAAAGGACAUAGCCAUUACCACAGUGCCAGGACCUGACAGUGUUCCAUUUCUUUUUGCAGCUUAGUGACUGGAAGCUGACAGACUGGGAUUUACUCGGGGUUGGGGUGUCCCAUUAUGCCAGGCAACCCCUUCAUCUGAUAGUUGAGCCUCACUGGGAGGAGUAUGUCAGAGAUUCCUUUGUUAACUCUUUUUAUUACCUUCUGAGAGAACUUCACUACUUUUUAUUGGCUUUGCUGUUGACUUUGGAUGUUGGGAGAAUAAUCCUUAGAGCCUUGAGGUCCAGUCUGCAGUGUUAUCCUUCCUUUCUGCCUCCAACUUAGCCCACUCACUCUCUCUCUUGGUUGAAGUCACUGAAGUAGGGAUUCUUGUGCUCUGAUCCUCUUAGUGCCUAGUCUUCAUGUAGAAUUAUGUCAUUGAUGUAGAAUCUCAGAAAUCAGAGUAGAGCUUUUCUUUGAGUGGUUUUACGAGCAAACUCAGCAGCAAAGUGACAAGAAAAUAGUCCUCCAGCCAGAGAGAUUAUGUUCAACCCCUAAUUCUCUGCUUGUGAUGGUGGAGGAGUCGGUGAAGUGCUGGCACCCAGCAGCAUUUGGUGGCAUGUCGCAGUCUUCAUUUAGAAAAAGUGAAAGCAUUUUGUACAGAGGAAGAAGAGAAAAGGACCCAUGAAUGUCAUCUUUUCUUUCUUUUUCAGUGGGUUGAUGUACGUUUUGUUACUGACAUGCGCUUGUAAACCAAUCUUGCCAAGAUAUGGGUUGUUUUGAUUUUCACUACAAUUACCUCUUGUUCCUCCUGUCUUGACUGCUGAUGUUCCUCAGUGAUUCUAAUGUCUAUUUUAUGGGAAGCAGCCUUUCCAUGGGUUUCCUAUUACACACUGCAGGGCUAUCUUUAUACUUAUUAAAAAAAGAUUUAAAAUAUCACUAACCUCAUGGGGGAUUUGCAGAAAACCAUUUAGCCCACCUUGAGUAAAGGGUAGAUUCCUCAUUUUUUUUAAACUCAGUGUAAUAAAAGAAACCUAAUUAAGCAUUAUUGUGCUACCUCAAAGGUAAAAAUAUUUUAAAGUCAUCUUUUCGUCCUGAGUUCUACACAUGGUGUUUGAGAUGUCUUUCAGUUGGAAUUAUGUUUUAAAUCAUUGGGGUAAAUCUUAUUUUAACCUGUUUUACACUUGUAUUUUAAUCUCAAAAGAAUAUGUGAUUAGAAAGCAAACAAUUCUUACUCUAUGGUAUUGAAUAUAUGUCAUUAAGAAUUAAAUGAUUGCUGUAAACAAGGUCGGUUUUUUAAAAAGGAAUCUCUAGGGCUCAGCUUCACUCUUGGUUAAUAAAGGCUGACAAAUCAUGUGUGACUUUCUGCUGCAA